AUGGACAUCGAGCGCCCCUCUAACGUGACUCUUUUUGAUUUCGUGGGGGGGCUGCAGUUACUCCGAAACGGGAACAUUAGAACUGCUGUGCCCGUGAUCCUGAUCGGCGUGUGCAUUGCUGGAGCGCUGUGUAAUCUCCUAGUUUUGCUAGUUUUCAUCCGUGACUUCAGGAAAGGAAGAGGCUCCGAAGUGAAAGCGCUCCUUGCCUCUGUCGCAUGCACAGACUUGCUCAUCUUGCUGCUAUGCGCUCCGGUGCGCGCUGUCACUUACUACAAGCAGAUAUGGACUUUAGGGAGCUUCGUUUGCAGGACCGCGGACUGGCUUCAGCACUCGUGCAUAGUGGCCAAAACCCUGCUUUUAGCCGCGACCACAAGAUCCAAACACACUUUCAUGGAGAUAGGAGGAGGGGAUGACUUCCAAAGUGCCUCCUGGAUCCACGGAGCGCUUGUGUUUAUUUGGCUCGUCGCUAUGUUGUUUUCACUCCCGCAGCUUCUGUUCGCUUCUCUUGUGCCGUACAGCCUGGACGAGGUCGUGUGCGUCUCAGAGAUGUCGGUGUGUGCAUCCGAGUUCAUGCUCCUCUUCUACAAGAUCUACCCCACUGCGGUGUUCGUGGUGCCCAUCAUCUUUACGCUCGCCUAUCAUACCAAGACGCUGCAUGGUGCGGUCAAUAACGCGCCAAAUCCUCGCCACCAGAGCAAAGUUACACUCGUGUUGUUGUGUUUGAGUGGCGCACUGGGGCUCAUGCUUUUACCGGAGUGGGGGACUUUCACCUGGAUACGACUUGGCUUCAACAGACCACCAGUCGGGCUGUUAAUCUUCGCCGAUGUUUUGUUUUACACGUGUAGCGCUGUCUUCCCCGUGCUUCUCAUGACAAUGUAUGACGACGUGCGCCAGGGACUUGUAUUCCUGUGGUUCAUCGUCACCUGCAGACCCAGAAAGCACCCGCCAACUACUGCCUGCACUAUGUGCGUCAAACUGGAUGGAAACAGCGCCGAGGCGUGCGCAAAUGAAGUGGGCGCUCAAGCUAAAGACAAAACCUUCCCAGACGUGGAGCACUUUUGGACAGGACGCAGAAAUACGCACGUAGAAGAUGAGCACGAUCCAGUGCCGUGGGAAAGAGACGAGAAGAUGCUGCAGAGUGGAGAGCAAGUUAUUCAAAGUGACUUGAAAAACGAGUGCCCAUAA